CGUCCCGGCUGCCCAAGAGCCAGAGCAGCUUGGAGCAGUCAAACUGGAGGAAGAGGAGGCUCCUGGUCAGGAGGACAUCAGGCAUGCACAGGCCAGGCCCCGGCCCGAGGUGGCUCACCAGCUCUUCAGAUGCUUCCAAUAUCAGGAGGACAUGGGGCCGAGGGCGUCCCUGAGCCGGCUUCGGGAGCUCUGCAACCACUGGCUGAGGCCAGCUAUGCACACCAAGAAGCAGAUCCUGGAGCUGCUGGUGCUGGAGCAGUUCCUGAGCGUGCUGCCCCCCCACCUCCUGGCUCGGCUGCAGGGCCAGCAGCUCAGGGACGGCGAGGAGGUGGUGCUGCUGCUGGAGGGCAUCCAGAGGGAGUCCAGUGCCGUGGGGCCCCUGUCCCCCAGGGCCCUGUCCUAUGGCUGGAGGAAAACUCCCGAGAUCAGGAGCUGGCAGCUGUGCUGGAGUCCCUGACCUUUGAAGAUGUCCCAGCAAAGAAGGCUUGGCCCCCGCACCCUCUGGGAUUUGAAAACAGAACCGCAGAUGAGGAGUUUAAAGAGGAGCCCAAAGGGGUGGCCUGGCCUGCUGCCGUCUCCACAGAGUCUGGGGCAGAUGGUGCUGGGGUGGCAGAAGAGCCCCACCUUCAGGUGCUGGGGCCGGGCCCAGAAGUGAGUGGCUCUGGUGAAGGAGGGUCCCCUCCCGGCAGGAGUGAUAUUCUGGAGGUCAAAGUGGCAGGGGAGAUGCCCAGGUCGGAGCCAGGGAUGGAAUUCAUCUGCACAGACUGCGGGGUGAGCUUCCGAGAGCUGGCCUGCCUGGAGGCCCACCAGCUGCGGUCUCACCCCAGCGCUCGGGCCUUUCCCUGCCAGUGCUGCGGGAAGAGCUUCGGCCGGAGUUCCAUCCUCAAGCUGCACAUGCGCACGCACACGGACGAGCGGCCACAUGCCUGCCACCUCUGCGGCCACCGCUUCCGCCAGAGCUCACAUCUGAACAAACACCUUCAGACUCACUCCUCUGAGCCCGCCUUUCUGUGUGCCGAGUGCGGUCAGGGCUUCCAGCGCCGGGCCAACCUCAUGCAGCACCUGCUGGCGCACGCCCAGGACCAAAAGUCCCCGUGCGUCCCUGAGACCAAGAGCGAAGCACGCGAGCUGGCCGUGGUCCUGUGCUCUCACUGUGGCCAAACCUUCCAGCGCCGCUCCAGCCUCAAGCGCCACCUGCGGAUCCACGCCAAGGACAAGGGCCACCAGUGCUCUGAGUGCUCGGGCAGCCUGCGCCCAGGCCCCGAGCGCAGGCCUUACGUGUGCGGUGACUGUGGCAAGGCAUUCCGGCGCAGCGAGCACCUGGGGGCCCACCGGCGCGUGCACACGGGCGAGCGGCCCUUCUCCUGUCAGGUCUGCGGCCGCAGCUUCAGCCAGAGCUCCCAGCUGGUCUGCCACCAGCGGGUACACACGGGCGAGAAGCCCUACAGCUGCCCGCACUGCGGCAAGCGCUUCGUGCGCCGGGCGGGUCUCGCCCGCCACCUCCUGACCCACGGCGGCCCGAGGCCCCACCAUUGCACCCAGUGCGGCAAGACCUUCAGCCAGACACAGGACCUUGCCCGCCACCGGCGCAGCCACACGGGCGAGAAGCCCUGCCGCUGCAGCGAGUGCGGCGAAGGCUUCAGCCAGAGCGCCCACCUGGCGCGCCACCAGCGCAUCCACACCGGGGAGAAGCCCCACGCCUGCGACACCUGCGGCUACCGCUUCCGCAACAGCUCCAACCUGGCCCGCCACCGCCGCAGCCACACUGGCGAGCGGCCCUACAGCUGCCCGACGUGCGGCCGCAGCUUCCGGCGCAACGCGCACCUGCAGCGGCACCUGGCCACCCACGCGGGGGCCGGGAACGAGGCGGCGUCCCGGCAGGCCGAGCCCCCCCAGGAGUGCCGGGAGUGCGGCAAGAGCUUCAGCCGCAGCUGUAAUCUGCUGCGCCACAUGCUGGUGCACACCGGGGCCAGGCCCUACUCGUGCGCACAGUGUGGCCGCAGCUUCAGCCGCAACUCGCACCUGCUGCGGCACCUGAGAACCCACGCCCGCGAGACCCUGUACUAGCCUCACCUGGGUUCCGCCGGGCCUGCCCUGCGCGCCUCUCCCCGGUGGCCUGCAGAGGACGUCGCGGUCCCCCACUCCACUGGCCUCCCGCUGGCUCCACCAACCCUGCGUGUUAGUACGCCCGCCCCCCACCCCCGCGCCGCCCCAGGCAUCUCCCUGGCCUCAGGGGUAUAUUUCAAAGUACCUAAAGUAAAAUGGCCUGCUUGAAAAACCACUCUUCUAAUUUUUUUGAGAUCCACCCAAACGCUGUUACCCUCAGCACUGUGACAGGGAUGCCUUUUCCCUUCCCUACCCCAGCUCCUUCCACAGUACUCUAGAUAGGAGCAGGUCCAGAGAGAGCCCCGCCCACACACAUACACCCCGGAAAGGCCUAGAGUUGGGGGGGUGGCAGAGGGGUGCCAACUAUCGGAGCCAGCUGUAAGGCCACGGAAUGCCACCCUGGAAUUUUUCCUUCUCUGGAGUCUGCCCCUAAUCUCUGCUGUCCAAUACAGUAUCCUCUGGCCAUAUGUGGCUGUUUGAAUUAAUUAAAAUGGAAUAAAAUUUAAAUUCCCAGAUUCUGGGUUCUUAUGGGAAACCUUGUUUUUGGAAUGUAGGUAACUAGUUCAACUUGAAGAUGCUAGCAGAUGAAAUGAAACCUGCUUGAUGGUCAAGUUGGAUUGUGGGCUCGAGACCCCUUAAUGACCCAUAAUCCUGUAAACCCAAAGCUGGUUUGGCUGAUUUCCACACCUUCUACCUACCAGGCAAUUUUGGCCUCUUCUCUACUCUGGAAGACAGAUUGUUUUUUUCCCAACUAAUAGACAGAUUUAAAAUCAUGUGACUUCUGUUAAGACCACAGGAAAGAAAACAGGCCCCCUCAGCUGCAGAAGACACACAUGCUCUUCCUGCUUCUGUCUGUGGCUUUUUAUAUCCACACUUUUUUUUCUAAGUUGUUUUUGUCCCUCCAACCUGACACGUAAUUGCUGUUUAGCAGAUGCUUGUGAACAUGAAGUGAACUCGUCAACAAGCGCUCACGGGACUUGGGGAAAAUCCACUCACAAAUGUGGGAAAGUAGAGAUGGCUCUUGGGCACAACUGAGUGGGAAGCUCUGAGCUUGGGGAAGCUCUAUGCUUUUGGGGGUUGGGAGGAAGAUCAGGUAGGGUACAGAGAGUCACUGGAUGUCACAGAACAAAUUAGACUUGUGGAAGACCCCAGAGCAGAAAAUUUCAAGAAGAUAAUUUUCUUAGUCAACUAAGAGAGUAAGGAGUUGGGAGAACCCACAGCAUUUGGGGGCUUUAUUAUUUCUUGAGCACCUACUGUGUACUAGGGAAUGUGCUGCGCUAUUGAGGAGAACAAGGCCUGAAACAGAAGGGAGAGGCAACCACAGAAGGACUGGGGGAAGGGCAUCCCUGGCAGAGGAAACAGCAUGUGCAAAGGCCCUGAGCUGCUGAGCAGGCAGCUGAAGAAUACUGUCCCUGAGGGAGCUCUGUAGGAACCUGAUGAUACAGGACGCCUGGGUGGCUCAGUUGGUUAAGCGACUG